AUGGACGAUUGGGCCAUGCAGAAAGAUAAGAAGUUCGCUGGAUUAUGGAAUGAUAAUGAUAUGAUUCGCACUGCCAACUUAAUUAUCCGGUUGGCGGAGUGUAUGGAGGAAUUGUUUAAUGCGAACGUUUUGAUGUACUCGUUCGUUAUCAGUACUGUUAUGUGUACAGAUGGAUACAUGUUAAUUGCAUCGUUACCUCUUGGAAAUCUAUCUAUGAUUAUACAUAGCACUAGUAUCUUACUUCUUAUGCUGAUUCAAUUGUCGUUCUAUGUCGGUGAUUAUUUGGAGAUGAGAAGCACUGCAUUGUGUUAUGCCACUUACGACUGUGAUUGGUACGAGCGACCGGCUAGUGUAGCCAAGGAUUUUCAGAUUAUUCUAAUGUGAGCCAGUGUUCCUUAUCAGCUGACAGCUGGAAAUUUCAUAGUCAUGAUGACGUUCAAAGAUAUCUUAAAGUCCACGGCGUCGUAUCUUUCGGUUCUACGUGUUAGGUUAGAUGAAUAA